AUGGGUUUCCUCGACUGGUUGUUGCCUCCAAGCAUCUUCAAUGUGUCCCAAACACGCCUGCUUGGUAAGGAGCAAGGUGCCCAGCUGGAGCCCAAAUUCAGGCCAGCUCUCCUGGUGGUUGACAUGCAAGAGGACUUUUGCCCACCGAACGGCUCCCUCGCCGUCGCCGGCGGCCGCUCCAUAACCCCUUUAAUCAACACCCUCCUCACCUCCCCUCUCUUCGUCCUCCGCGUCGCCACAAAGGACUGGCACCCACCGAACCACAUCUCCUUCGCCUCCAACCACCAGCACCUUUCCUCCCCCGAGUCUCCUUCCCUCAACUCCUCAUGCUGCCCUUCACCUCCCACCGAUGCAACCCCCUUCAUCUCAACAACCACAAUCCACAACCCCCACAACCCCUCAGAAUCCUACACCACCCGCCUCUGGCCCCCGCACUGCAUCGCCGACACCCCGGGCGCCUCCCUCAUCCCGGAGCUCGACGUUUCCAAAAUCGACAAAAUCCUCGAAAAGGGCACCGACCCGCGCGUGGAAAUGUACAGCGCCUUUUACGACCCCUUUACUUGCCCCCGAGUCUCCGACAGCGGACUGGCAGAGAUGCUGAGACAAGCAAAAGUCACGCAUGCCUAUGUCGUCGGGUUGGCGUCCGAUUACUGCGUAUGGAGCACGGCGAUGGACGCGCACAAGGAAGGGUUCGAGACGGUGAUAAUAGAAGAGGCGACGAGGGCUGUUGAUGAGGAGGGCUGGAGGGCAUGUAAGAGCGCUUUGGCGGCGGAGGGGAAGGGGGUGAGGGUCGUGAGGUGGGAGGGGGAGGAGGUUGGGCGGUUGUUUCCUGAGGGUUUGGGGGAGAUGAAGACGGCGUUGGGUGUUGAUGAUGUUGAUAAUGAAAAGGAGCCUGUGGAGGAGGAGAAGAUUUGA